AUGAAGUUUCUUUCUUCUCUCGCUUUACUGUUCUCUGCCGUUGCCGCCAAUCCUGUCAGAUUCGUCAACGAGCCUCAGAAGUUCUACCUGAAGACGGCUGGCGCCUCGCACCCUGAACAUAACAAUCUCUUUGUGUACGGCUACCAUACCGCCGCGGCACAGAACGACGCCGUCCUUACGGCAGACAUCAAAACGGCCAAGCCGGCCUUCUUCAACGGAUCGCAUGUCCAGUUCGCCCUGAACACGCCGUUCCCAUGGGGCCUGGUCAUGCAUCUAUCAAACAACUAUGCAGCCUGGGAACCUGUUAUGAUCAACGUGGGCUACGGCGAGAAUGACUUCUCCGUGGAAAACGGACAACUACAGUGGUCAAAGCCCGAGGGUUUUGGCGGGUGGUUGGUCUGCGAUUGGUACCACAACGAACCGCAGUUGUUCUACCUGAUGAGCUUCCGGAAGCACAAGCUCCCCGCGGAGUGCAGCGAGAUCCAGCUGCGGUUGGACUAUAUUUCCUGA